AAAUUCUUUAGUAAAUAACUAAACUUCUUCUCUAGCUCUUUAGUCAGCCAUGUCACGCACCGGUCUCCUCGCACAGUUUAAAAGAACUCUUCAAACUGCCACCGUCACCAAACCUUUUGAUAAAGUACUGAUAGCGAACAGAGGGGAGAUAGCAUGCCGUGUAAUGAAGACGUGCCGCUCGCUCGGCAUCAAGACAGUCGCGGUGCACAGUGACGUGGACGACCGCGCGCUGCACGUGCGGAUGGCUGAUGAGGCUAUUUGUGUGGGACCGGCUCCUAGCAACCAGAGUUACCUGGACAUGGAGGCGAUAGUGAACGCGGCAGUAAGUACAGGAUCUCAAGCAGUACACCCAGGGUACGGGUUCCUCAGUGAGAACUGUAAGUUCGCUCAACUCCUUGAGGAGAGGGGUAUAGCCUUCAUUGGGCCUAAAGAAAAGGCUAUACAGGCUAUGGGUGAUAAGAUAGAGUCCAAGAUAAUAGCGCGUGCUGCAGGUGUGAACUGUAUACCUGGUUAUGAUGGUGUUGUGGAGGACGAUGUGGCUGCGGUCACUAUUGCUAAUCAAGUCGGAUAUCCUGUAAUGAUAAAGGCAUCGGCCGGAGGUGGUGGAAAAGGUAUGAGAGUAGCGUGGAAUGACGCUGAAGUGAGGGAGGGAUUUAAACUGAGCUCAGAGGAGGCCGCAGCUAGUUUUGGAGAUGAUAGACUUCUCAUUGAACGGUUUAUCGAUAACCCUCGUCACGUAGAGAUACAAAUCUUGGCAGAUAGCCAGGGAAACUGUAUAUACUUGAAUGAAAGGGAGUGUAGUAUUCAGAGGAGGAAUCAGAAGGUAGUUGAGGAAGCGCCAAGUCCCUUCAUCACUCCUGAAGUGAGAAAAGCUAUGGGAGAACAAGCGGUGCUGCUGUCUCAAGCUGUAAAUUAUCAGAGUGCGGGCACGGUAGAGUUCCUAGUGGACACCCAAAUGAACUUCUACUUCCUGGAGAUGAACACGAGACUGCAAGUUGAGCACCCUAUCACGGAGUGUAUAACUGGGGUGGAUAUAGUGGAUGAGAUGUUACGCGUAGCGGCCGGCUACCCUCUCAGCUAUACCCAAUCUGAUAUCGGAAUCAAAGGAUGGGCUAUGGAGUGUAGAGUGUACGCAGAGGACCCAGUCAGAUAUCUGCCCAGUGUAGGUCUACUCACCAAGUACACAGAACCAGGCGUCUCUCACAACACUGCAGAACUAGGAGUACGAUGUGAUAGUGGUAUAGUAGAGGGUAGCAGCAUUAGUAUCCACUACGAUCCCAUGAUAUCUAAACUAGUAACAUACGCUCCAACAAGGCAGGAAGCUAUAGAUCACAUGGAGAAAGCUCUGGAUGAGUAUGUUAUUGACGGCAUCACUCAUAACACUCCACUUUUACGGGAGAUACUGGGAAAUGAGAGGUUCAAAUCAGGCAACAUCUCCACCAAGUUUCUGGACGAGGAGUACCCCCAGGGCUACAGUGGAGGGGACCUCACUCCUGAGCAGAAGAGUGAACUGAUUCCCUCUCUUUCUGUCCUACACCACAUGAAGAUGAACCGCACUGUCACUGAUGGUAGGUUUGAGUACAUAAUAAGUUGUGACGAAGAUAAAGUUCCUGUUACUGUUAAUGUACAGAAAGGAGAUUACACUGUUACCUUUGAGGACACAACUGUCACUGUUAACCCCUCCGGCGGAGUAUUUGGUGCUCUACAAGAAUUCAAGCUGAACUCUGCCAACACUGUUGCCCUGCAACAUCUUCAAUUUGACGGAGUAACACACACACUAAGAUACCGGUGUUGUAAGCGCCAGAUCACAGUACUAACACCUCUUCAACAACGCUUCAUGGAUUCAAUGCCUGUCAAGGUAAAGGAGGACACUUCCAACCUCCUCAUCUCACCCAUGCCUGGUAGUCUCUCCUCCAUUAGCGUAGAGGAGGGUGAUGAGGUACUGGAGGGAACUGAGGUAGCUGUAGUGGUGGCUAUGAAGAUGAACAACUCUCUCAAGGCUCCGAAAAGCGGUAAGAUUAAGAAGAUUUGGGCUAGCGUCGGAGAAGUUGUAGAGGGGGAUCAGAAGAUUCUGGAAUUCUAUUGAUACUGAGGCAUUAUUGUACGUUACCUUAUAUGGUAGUGUUGCCGAAGUACCACUUCCAUAUAAGGUAAUCUUACACUCGCCGUACCUACGGUCUUUAGACUUGUUUCAUACUGAGACCGAUUGUAGAGUGCAUAGGAUAGGAUGAUUUGUAUAUUAGCUAAGUUAUUAUCUUUAGUAGUAUUUCAUGUUUUUGUGGUGAGACUUGGUCAUUGCGAGUGGUAACCGAAACAUCCAAAUUUAAAACUUUACAGGAGCCGAGAAACACUGGCCGCUAAAUAUCGAGCUAUUAGACUAUUUCUAGUGUAAUUCUGAGCUUUUAGCAGCAAAUCUUUCUCGUACGAGAUAUUAUGUUCCUGCCAUGAAAAUAUGUUAAAGUUAUGGCUGUCUUUUGGUAAAAAUUGAAAUACCGCUACCAAUUAACCAAGUUCUUUGUGGACCAGAUUUAGGAUAUUUAAAUGUGUUUGAUAGAUUUUGUUCUUUACAUGUUAGGGUUGUUAGAUAUUAUCUUAUGUGGUUGCUUUUUAAGUAUCUUGUUAUGACUUUUCCUGUUGUUGUGAAAGAAUAAUAUUGAUCUCUAGUUUUUUCCAUAAUUUAUAGAUUAUAAUAAUGGACGUGAUUUAUUUGUUAUCUUAUCACGGGAGUGUGAGUGAAUUCCGCCAUUUACCAGAGAAAUUUGGAAUUUUA